GUUAUAUUGCUAACGGCUACGUUGUAACGUUCUCGCGAUCGAAUAAUAAAUAUUCUUUAGUACAUCCGCCUGCCAGUUAUUUCCAUCCGAUUCUCUAUAUUAUAUGUACGACUGCUACAAAACGUAUAUCUUUCUCACUUUAAGUUCCAAAAGUGUAGUUCACUAGUUCAGCCACAGAAAAUAGACCUCUGAUUGCAUCGAUUUUUGUUGUCACUUCGAGCAUAACCUUAAAAAAGGAUAAAAUUUACUUAUAAAGAAUGGAUCCAGAAAGCAAAUUACAAUUUCAAUUAAAUGAAGAAGUUUUCUAUUUUGAUAUGGAAUGUAUCUAAAGCUGUGAUGCGAAAUUAAUGCAAGAAAAUAAUCAAUAUGCAAUUAAAUAUAUAAUAAAUCUAAUCGAUAAUGGGACCAUAAUCCUGCAAAAGCCAUUAAAAAUGAUCUACAGAAUUCGAAAUAAUGAACACAUUGUCAUAUAUAAAGCAGAUAAAGAGGAAUUUCAGAGUCAAUUUCAGUCAGAACUAGAAGAAGUUGAUGAAGAUAUUGCAACUGUAGAUGAGAAAAAGCGUUCAGAAUGGGGCGAACAAGAUACUGAAAUAUUAUUAGAGAAAUACGAAAUAUAUAUGAAAAUGGUAGGACCAAUGAAAAAGUUCAAAAAUAAAAAAGUAAUGUGGGAAAAAAUAGCUACGGAUAUUGAAGAUAAUAUAGGCCGAAAAUACACUUUUGUUCAAAUAGAAAAUCGCUUCAAAACAUUAUUAAAAAGAAAAAAGGACGCAAUUGAACAUAAUAAACGUUCUGGUAAUGAAAGAACAGAUGUUCCAUAUGGGUUGCGUUCGUAAACGUUACCCAUAGGGUAAAAGUGUCUCUGACCCCGCUCAGAAAGUCGAAAAUGGAAAAAUUACCUUUAUCCGAAAACGUUCACAAAGCUUUCCAAGGAUUACUCAGGGCAUUCCUCAACAUACCCUGCUCGGGACUGGGGUAGAGUUUACUCGUCAUGCGCAGAAACGCAUUUUUCACAUUAUACGUGAAAUUCUACCUCAGUUUUGUAAGACUCGUAGGUUACCGCUAUACAACGAUACGAACUUUAUCUUUCAUAAUAUUGUCAUCAAUAUCUAAAAUGUCACAAUCUCAUCAUAUUUAUAAAGUUA